UUCAGUAGAGACUUUCAAACUCACCCGCAGAGUGUCUAAUCCUCCGAUCCAACAUGACUUUCUCAGGCGCUGAAAAGGCUGCAAUUGCCUACAUCUGGGGAAAGGUAGCUGGCCAAACUGAUGAGCUUGGCGCAGAGGCUUUGGAAAGGCAGUUUCUGAGCUACCCUCAGACCAAGACCUACUACAGCAAAUAUAACAUGAGUCAUGGGUCUCCGGAUCUCCUUAGUCAAGGUGGAAAACUUAUGAAUUUCAUUGGAAAGGCUGCCAGUCAGCUGGAUGACCUUAAAGGUGCUCUGUCUCCCAUCAUUGACCUCCAUGCUAACCAACUGAGAGUUAACCCUGGUGACUAUACGAUCCUGUGGUGUGCCAUCCAGGUCACUCUGGCUGCUCACUUUGGAUCUGAAUUCUCUCCCACUGUUUAUGCAGCCUGGGACAAGUUCCUCAACGCAAUUUCUGCUGUUAUGACUAGCACAUACUGAUAAACU